AUGAGUGUUGAAAUUGUACGUCAAACAUCGACUCGACGUCAUCACAAUCCAAGGAGAUCAUACUCUGCUCCAGUGCAAAAGCUGACGGUCAGCAGAAAGAAUCAUAAUGAGAAUGUUGGAAAAUCUUUGCGACUUCCCUGCAAGAGUGUUUUAUCAAGGAAAGAUUAUCCAGGAGCGAAGAUCAUAUCAAAGUCUGAAUAUGAAUACUUACGAGCAUGUGCAUCUCAAGGUUUAAUAAAUGAAGUGGCGAAGAAGGAAAGCUUGAUUGAGCAUGAAGCGAAGAAAGAUCAAUUAUUAGCUGAGAGUAUGGCUCGUAAACAAAAGAUCCGCCAAAUAGAUAUUGAGAAGCUUAAAAAUAAAUCAGGGAAGCUUGAUGAAUUUGAAAGUGAAGCUAAAGCACGUACAAUGCAUCUACUUGAACGGGCUUACAAUUUAAGACUUGAACAAGAAGAAGAAAUGCAGUUGUGUAAUAAAUUGAUAUUAGAAACUAAGUGUCGAGCUAUAAGAGACCUUCAGGUUGCGGAGAAGAAAUUGAUUGAAAAAGAGUUGAAUAAUGAAGAGGAACGUUUAAAUAAAAUAAUGGAAGAAGAAAGACUGCGUAAAAUAAAAGAAGAAAAAAGAAAAGAAGAGGAAGAAGCUGCGAAAAAACGUGCGUUUGCUAAUUUAUUGAAAAGCCAGAUAAUAGAGAAUGAAGAGCAAAAAAUAAUAGAGUUUGAACGAAAGCUGGAAGAAGGGAAACUAAUAAACUUGAGUAAUAUUGCUUGGCAAGAUGAAGAAAUAGCAAAGGAGAGAAAAAAAAAAGAAAGAGAUGCUUUGAUAAGAAAAGAAUUGGCUGCUGAAAAUGAAAGACUCAUGAAAUUUAAAGAGAUGGAACGAGAACAAAACAAAAUUUUAGACAUGAGAAUAAAAGAGUACCAGAAAAUGAAGGCAGAACGUGAUGCUGCUAAAGCUGAAGCUCAGAGAGCUAUCCAAGCUCAAAAAGAUAAAGAAAGAGUGAAAUUGAUGGCACAAGCAGCUCAAGCACAAGAUUUUCAAGCACAAAUUGAAGAGUUGAAUGCCAUACGUGUGAAAGAAGAAGUUGAACGAGAAUGGAGACGUAAAGAAAAAGAGGCAGCGAUUAAUAAAUUGAAUACUCAGCGUCAAUUUGCUCAAGCUAGAGAAGAGCAAAUAAAAAAUCGGAAAAUUCGUCAAGCAAUGGAAAUUGAACGAGAUAAACGUGAAUUUGAAAAAAUUUUAGCAGUUCAGAAAGAAGCACUUGCCAAAGAGAAAGAGAAACAAGAAAAACAACGUCUUGAAGCUCUUAGAUAUCGGGAUGAAAUUUUAAAACAGGUUAAUAAAAGAGAAAAAGAGAAAGUUGAAGCAAGGAGGAAAAUAUUUGAAGAAGGUAUGGCUAAUCGUGCAGAAAUAGAAAUGAGAGCUAAAAGACUUAAGGAUGCUAUCGAGAAGAAAUGCGAAGAAAUGAGGAAAAAUAAAGUACCGGAAAUGUAUAUUAAUGAAGUUAAAAGUUUGAUUAACAAAAUUAACUAAAUAUAUGAAAGUUUAAAUAAUACAUUGAUAAG